UGCCUGCCAAAAGAGACCGAGGAUCCGCCGCGGUGAUGACAGAGCCUCAGCGUCCCCUACCGCCUCAUUUACAUCAUCCUUCGGUCCAUGGCCUGUCUCGGAUCACCACCAGCCUGUUUAUCAGUAAUGGUACGGCUGCCAACAACAGGCUGUUGCUGACCAGCAACAACAUCACCACAGUCAUCAACGCGUCGGUGGAAGUGGUAAACACCUUCUUCGGAAACAUCCAGUAUGUGCGCGUCCCUGUGACCGACACACCCAGUGCAAGGCUCUUCGACUUCUUUGACCCCAUAGCUGACCACAUCCACGGCGUGGAGAUGAGACAUGGCUGCACGUUGCUGCACUGCGUCGCUGGAGUGAGCCGCUCCGCCGCCCUCUGUCUGGCCUACCUCAUGAAGUACCACGGCAUGUCGCUGCAAGAUGCUCACGCCUGGACCAAGUCAUGCCGACCCAUCAUCCGGCCCAACAACGGCUUCUGGGAACAACUGAUCCAAUAUGAGUUCAAGCUGUUUAGUAACAACAGCGUACAGAUGAUCAACUCGUCGAUGGGUAUGAUCCCUGAUGUCUACGAGAAGGAGGCCUUUUUGAUGAUGUGA